AUGUCGGCUGAAGAAGAAUUCAAUCCUGCCCCGAACCCUAACGGCGUCGCCGCAGUCACGCCAAGGCAUAUCAAGGAUUUCUACACGCCACGUAAUGCUGAAGUCGGUCAAGAUCAGGGGCAUCAACAUGUUGCAGACGUCGAUGCCAAUGACGAGCAGAAUUUAGAUGCUGAAGCUAAUGCCAAUGAUGAUACUCAGGCUGCUCCAGGAGAUGAUACUCAGGCUCCGGGAGAUGAUGUUGAAGAUCAGGGGCAUCAACAAGAAGAUGAGAUGUCGACUAUUUUUUAUCCUAGAACAUGGGAAUGUCUUGACAAUAGGAAAAGAGACAUCUUAAUUGAGAAAGGGCCUGUGCGAGAACUGAAUCUACAAUUCCCAAAAGAUCCUACUGCCAGACAUUUUUCUUAUGCUUACUAUUCCAGAAAUUUAUAUAAUGGUGAGAUUGUUGACAGAAAGUGGUUGGUUUAUUCUAAACAUGUGGACAAGGUUUAUUGUUUUUGCUGCAAGUUAUUUAAAUCAAAUCAGAACAAGUCUCAUUUAGCAUCCGAUGGAGUCAGGGAUUGGAAGCAUCUCAGUGAGAAACUGAAAACACAUGAGAACAGUGAGGAGUAUUUGACAUGCAUGAGUACAUGGAACGAGCUUUGGCUUAGAUUAAGCAAAAAUAAAACAAUUGAUGAUGAGAUGCAACGGGAAAUUGCAAAGGAAAAGGAGCGUUGGAGGCAGGUCCUGGUAAGAAUAGUCUCUAUUGUGAAGUUUCUUGCUAAGCAAAAUCUAGCAUUUCGAGGAGCAAAUGAAAAAAUAUAUCAACGUAACAAUGGUAAUUUUCUAGCCACGGUUGAAAUGAUUGCUGAAUUUGAUCCUGUGAUGCAAGGACAUAUUAGGCGCAUUCAAAGUGCAGAAAUUCAUCAUCAUUAUCUUGGCCAUAAUAUCCAGAAUGAGUUAAUUCAAGUUCUUGCUGAUGCUGUGAAAAAUCAUAUCUUAAAGAUUGUCAAAGAUGCCAAGUAUUUUUCCAUUAUUUGGAUUGUACCCCAGAUGUGA